CAGAGGUGCGGGAGUGGGGAGUGAGAGGAUUCACCAGAGACAGAGUAGGGGAGCAGAACAGGCAGAUCUACUGAAAUACACUGCUGAGGGGAGCAGCAGGCUAGACCAGAGAGGUCUGCUGUGGCAUGAGGGUCACCUCCCUGGCCACAGAUCAAACUCAGGCCUCAGGUGACAGUGGCUGGUGAUAGCUUGAUAGUGCUGAGACUUUAAGCCCUGCACCACCAGGGAGGCUCCAAAAAUCUGCGGGGUUCUUAAAGAGAUAAAAAGGAGAAUGAGAUCAUGGAAGAUGAGGGAGUGAUGAGGCAAUAGUUUUGGUGAAGGAGUCAAAAUGUUCACAAAUCAUUGGAAGGGUCACAAGUAAAAAUAGGUAAAAGUUCACUUUAUCAGUCUUUUCAAACCAGAUAUCCUCAUUACAGUUGGCCUCUUGUAAUGCUGAUGGUUUUGGUCAGUCCAAGGGUCAACUCCUGUUUAAAAAGAACUGUAAAGAGGUUUUUUUUUUUCCCUGAUAGUGGCUUUCUCCCACCCUGUUUUAAUAUGACUCUAGUUAUCUACUUUUGCAGUCUAAUGAUUAAGCUUGUGCCUUGUGAUGAGCCUGUGCUGACCUUCACAAGCACUCCUCAGCUUUUUCUUUUUGCCUUGGCUGAUGCUGCAAGAUCAGGGGCUCCUGGCAAAUCGUUUCCCUUAAGGGCUGGCUUGUUUUUAUGUCCCAAAUGCUCUGGAUUUACUUUAGAGUGGAUGCAUUUCUCCUCCGGUUUUUAACUCUCAGACUUGUCCACACCUUGCCUCCAGCCAGUCAUCGUCGGUUUCAGUGAUCACACCAGUGCAGGAUCCAGUAAGAGGAAUCACUGGACUUCAGCAUGAUUACUUCUCAGCUUCAGACUUCUGUGUCAAUAUUGAUUUUCUGUGUCUUAAAAGUCAGCUCCCUGGACACCUUUAUUGCUGCUGUUUAUGAGCAUGCAGUGAUACUGCCUAAUACCACCCUCAUACCUGUGUCCCAUGAAAAGGCAUUGGCAUUAAUGAACCAAAAUCUGGAUAUUUUAGAGGGAGCAAUCACAUUGGCAGCAAAGCAGGGUGCACAUAUUAUUGUGACUCCAGAAGAUGCUAUUUACGGCUGGAAUUUCAGCAGGGAAUCUAUUUACCCAUACUUGGAGGAUAUCCCAGGCCCUCAAGUGAACUGGAUCCCUUGUAAUAAUCCCAACAGGUUUGGCUACACCCCAGUGCAAGAAAGACUCAGCUGCUUGGCUAAGAACAAUUCCAUUUAUGUUGUGGCAAACAUUGGAGACAAGAAGCCGUGCAAUGCCAGUGACCCGCAGUGUCCCCCUGAUGGCCGCUACCAAUACAACACUAAUGUGGUGUUUGAUUCUGAGGGGAGGCUGGUGGCCCGCUACCAUAAGCAAAACCUUUUCUUGAAUGAAGACCAGUUCAAUGUACCCAAAGAGACUGAAGUGGUGACUUUCAACACUACCUUUGGGAAGUUUGGCGUUUUUACAUGCUUCGAUAUACUCUUCCACGAUCCUGCUGUUACUUUGGUGAAAGAUUUCCAUGUGGACACCAUUCUCUUCCCCACAGCUUGGAUGAAUGUUUUGCCACAUUUGUCAGCUAUUGAAUUUCACUCAGCUUGGGCUAUGGGAAUGGGAGUCAAUUUUUUGGCAUCUAAUAUACACUACCCCUCAAAGAAAAUGACAGGAAGUGGCAUCUAUGCACCUGAUUCUCCCAGAGUAUUUCAUUAUGAUAUGAAGACAAAGAAGGGAAAACUCCUUUUCUCGCAACUGGAUUCCCAUCCUCGCCAACCAGUAAUGGUGAAUUGGACAUCUUAUGCCAAUGGUGUAAAAGCUUUGUCAAGGGAAAAUGAGGAAUUUAAGGGCGUUAUCUUUCAUGAUGAAUUCACCUUCUUGGAGCUCAGAGGAGUCACAGGAAAUUACACAGUCUGUCAGAAAGAUCUCUGCUGUCAUCUAAGCUACAAGAUGUCUGAGAAGAGACCAGAUGAAGUUUAUGUCCUAGGGGCAUUUGAUGGACUACAUAUUGUAGAAGGAAGCUAUUAUUUGCAGGUGUGCACUCUGUUGAAGUGUAAAACAACAAACUUAAAUACUUGUGGUCACUCAGUCGAAAGCGCUUCCACCAGGUUUGACAUGUUCUCCCUCAGUGGGACUUUUGGAACCCAGUAUGUCUUCCCUGAGGUGUUGCUGAGUGAAGUUCAGCUUGCACCUGGAGAAUUCCAGGUGUCAAGUGAUGGACGCUUGUUUAGUCUGAAGCCACCAUCUGGACCGGUCUUGACAGUAACUCUGUUUGGGAGGUUGUAUGAGAAGGAUCAGGAAUCAAAGGCAUCAUUAGACUUCAGGGCACAAGGACUAAUAGUAAUACUCAUAGCUGUAAUGCCUAUUGUGUAUUCAUUGAGUUAAUAGAAGGCUUUUCUUUCUUUCCUUUUGAAUAAUUUAAGAAAUGAUGGAUGAGAAAAGAAGGGUGGACCUGGGCUUUUGGUAAUAGUGGUCAUGGGCUCUUAUAUACGUGAAUUACUGAAAUACAUUUCUAUAUUUUGAUGCACAAACACCCACUGCAGACUAUAUAAACCCAAAACAUAGUGGCAAAAUUUUGAAAGAUAAAAUCCGUAAAAUGAGAAUAACAAUUGGACCACCUUUUAGGAUAUUUUUAGAUAAGAAUUAAAUAAGCUGAUACUUGUAAAUUAACAUGUUCCUGGCUCAUGGAAAGAAAUACAGUCAAGGGCCUCCCCGGUGGCGCAGCGUUGAGCGCUGGGUUGCGAAGCUGCCCGCAGCCUCUGUAGUGCCAGUUCGAUCCCCGGCUGCUCCCUGGCCACUGGAGGAGGGUCCCACAUGGCGCGCAGACCUCU